AUGGCCAGAGCUCCAUCUUCAAUCUUAAUCUUCCUCCGCCAAAACCCUCGUGCCCGCCAAAGCCCAAAUACCCAAAUCAGAUACCAUACAACAGAAACCAAAGAAUGUGACUUUACAGAAGUUGCCCAACAUAUUUGUAAGAUUAUUAGAACAAAACCCAGAUGGGAGCAGACUCUGCCCUCUGAGUACCCUUCUUUCAAUUUCUCUGAUCCCCAGUUUUUCACCGAGCUUUUGAAGCUCCAAAAGAAUGUGCUUUUAUCGCUUCGAUUUUUCUUCUGGUUGAGCUCUCAUAAUGGGUUUUCACCCGACCCCAUUUCGUGUAAAGCGCUUUUCAGUGCCCUCGUGGAGGCUAAGGCCUGCAAUGCUGCAAAAUCUUUUCUUGAACAUACCAGUUUUAGCCCUGAGCCUGCCUCAUUAGAAAGUUAUAUUCAGUGUCUUUGUGAGGGUGGAUGUAUUCAGGACGCGAUUGAUGUGUUUUAUAGGUUGAAAGAGGCUGGAGUGUGCCCUGCUAUAAUGACUUGGAAUGCGGUUUUGUCGGGUUGCCUUAAGGUUGGGAGGACUUCUUUUGUUUGGAAAUUGUAUCAAGAAAUGAUAGAAUGUGGUGUUGUAGCAGAUGUUGAUGUUGAGACUGUUGGGUAUCUCAUUCAAGCUUUUUGUGCUGAUAACAGGGUUUCAGAAGGUUAUGAACUUCUUCGACAGGUUUUGGUAAACGGACUAGUCCCUGAAAAUGCUGUUUUCAAUAAAUUGAUAUCUGGGUUUUGUAAGGAGAAGCAAUAUACUAGAGUAUCUGAACUCCUCCAUACCAUGAUUGCAAAGAACCGUCUCCCAGAUAAUUAUACAUAUCAGGAGGUAAUCAAUUGGCUGUGUAAGAAAGGAAAGGGGCUUGAGGGUUUACGUGUUUUUAAUGAUCUUAAGGAUAGAGGCUAUGCUCCAGAUAUUGUCAUGUAUACGACCAUGAUUCAUGGUCUUUGUACAAUGGGUUGGCUUGGGGAAGCUAGGAAGCUGUGGUUUGAGAUGAUUGAGAAGGGAUAUCAUCCAAAUGAGUACACAUACAAUGCAAUGAUUCAUGGGUAUUGUAAGAUUGAUAAUUUUGAAAAGGCCAAGAUCUUGUACAAGGAGAUGUGUAAUAAAGGUCAUAAUGAAACCACAGUCAGUUACAAUGCAAUGAUGACAGGGCUGUGUUUACAUGGAAGAACUGACGAGGCAUAUAGAUUGUUCCAAGAAAUGCACCAGAAGGGUAUUGCUCGUGAUUUGAUAACAUACAACACUGUAAUCCAAGGUUUCUGUAAGGAGGGCAAGAUAAUAGAAAGUAUGAACUUAUUCCGAGAGCUCCUGGCUCAAGGUUUACAGCCAUCAACUUACUCAUACACCCCACUUAUUCAAAAGCUUUGUCAGGUUGGAGCAGUACAAGAAGCAAAAGGUUUGUGGAAUGAUAUGAAGAAUAUAGGUUUGGAACCAAUUGUCGGUACUCAUGAUUAUAUCAUCAUUGGGUUGUGUGAUCAAGGAGAUGCUGCAGAGGGAAUGGAAUGGUUCAUAGAAAUGUUAAAUAGUAAACUUAAACCAAAGCAGGAAACAUUGGGAAGACUGGUUGAAUGUCUCACACAAAGAGAUAGGUUGGAUGAUUCUUUACUUGUUUUAGAAUUUAUGUUUAGGACAGGUUAUGCCCUGGAAAAAGGCAUAUGUCAUUCCCUGGUCAAUAAGCUUUGCUGGGAGGAUAACCAUUUUGUUGAAACAUGCCUAGGGGAGAUCUUAGAAGGAAAGUGA